AUGGGUGUGUUCCAAAAUAUCCAGGCAAAUCAGAUGGGGCCUAUACAUGAUCGAAUCCGCCGAUGGAUUGAAGUGUGGGAUUACACCAGUGAUGCCAUUUACCGCGGAUUCGUGGCAGACGUAGACGGAGAGCAGACACUCUUUGUCUUCCUCGAGAACGGUGCAAUUGGACAUGGCUUGAAGUCUGGACUGAUAGCCCUUUUUGAACUGGCGGGAACCGAUGCCUUUGACUGUUCUCAAAUUGUGGCUUGUGUCAAGCGCUCACAACAGACAAACGAAAUGGAGCUCGUCCGAAGCCUUGGAUGGUGUGGAUUUAGUCUGACCACCCUUGGGCCAUGGGCCACAAGUGGUGAUUCGGGUCCAUUUCUCAGUACCAAAUGGCUCUUCCUGGUGGCGGAGAUCUAG